UCAUCUAACAAGGAACACAACAUUUAGCACCAUGAAAAGUAUGCUAUUGUCCUGGCUUUUUGUUCUCUUCACACUUUCAUUCAUUGCGGAAUCAAGUCAGUCGCCGCAUCGUUUCAUGGAAAACGAACCGGUUCUGGAUGCGCUUGACCAAAUCCUCCCUAAUGGCGAACUUCAAAAUUUACUGAGUUCCACGAGCAAAUAUCCUGAACGAACAAAAAUUUCUCUGAAAGAAGCAAUGGAUGCCCGCUCUGGAGAUGCCAUUCAAUAUGUGCUUUCAAAACUUCAGAUGUGCUUCCAGGAUUUAUCCCAGAAUCGAAAACGUGGAAUUUACAUGACUCCACGAUUAGGACGAGAAAUAGAAUUUAGUGGUUGAUCAUCUUAUGGAACACAACUACAUGGCUAAAACUGGAUAAGAUUAUAAUUGAAUUUAUACUAGUAAUGGUUUAUAUUUUUAAUUCGGAAUAAAUUAAAGAAGCAUCAAUUCUA